AGAAAAUAAACUAAGUGAAGUUAUAUUCGUAAUUAAGAUUGUCUAACUUGAAGCAAAACACACGUAAACCACGUGGGUAGUUUUUAACCGAUUAUUAAACAAAACAUUACAAAUGGAGUAAGAGAUCAAUCAUGUUUUAUCCGAGGUUGCAAUCGUUUAUACGGUGUUCGGAACAAAAUUGCGUAUUAAAGAAACAUUAUCAUGGAAAUAAGAAGUAUAUGGCAUUAAGGACAAAACGUGGAGCUGGACAACCAAAGAAUGUUUUUGCUUCUGUGCCAACGCUUCAUGCCUUGAAACGAGGAGAACAAUAUGCUGUUCGGUACACAGAUAAAUAUGGUGUUCGGUCAGAUAAAUUUGUACCAAAAGGAAAACUACCAGCGCCCCGCUGGCAUUGGGAUUAUGACUUAACCGACGAAAACAAAAGUUUCUUGAAAGAAAUUUCAAACGAUGGAAAUAUUGAAAUGUUGCAGCAAGCAAGACAAUCACCAUUAAAAGAUUCUGAUUGGCCAGUAUUACCAUGGCAACCUGGAUCUAAGAGAUGCGGUGCUGUUGGAAUUAAACUAGGAGUCCACCCUAUUUGGUUUAAAGAUGGCACAUAUGCCAACUGUACUUUAAUACAGAUUCAAGACUGCCAUGUGAUUAAGUAUUUUUCUAAAGAGGAAUACAACACCAAGACAGCCGCUGUCAUCAUUGGGGGGAAAAAUGCAAGUCCUUUUUAUAAAAAUGAAAAAUAUCAUGAGUUUUGUCGUGAGGCUGGAGUGCCAGUUAAAGCAAAAUGUUUUCGUUUUUUGAUAUCAGAGAACGCAGCUUUGAAGCCGGGGACUGAAAUAACUGCCAUGCAUUUUAAACCUGGACAGUUUGUUGAUUGCACAGCACAAAGCAUUGGCUAUGGAUUCCAAGGUGUGAUACAACGCUGGCACUUUGCCGGUGGACAUGCAAGAAAAGAUAAGAAGUGGAUGCGAAGGCCUGGAUCAAUUGGAGGAAGCCAAAUAGGAUGGGUGAUGAAGGGAAAAAAGAUGGCGGGUCAGUUGGGUGGGACGAAUGAAAUCACAAGAGGACUAAAGGUUUUAAGGAUCAACACUCGAUAUAAUGUGUUAUAUGUGAAAGGAAGAAUUGCGGGGCAUAUUAAUCAGUUUGUGAAGAUUGCUGACAGCAGCCUGUACAAAUAUCAACCACAAAGUGAAGAAGAAAAAGACAAACUAAUUGGACCAUUUCCCCGUUAUAUACCAGAAUUCUCAGAUGAAGAACUGCCAGAAGAAUUAUAUGAUGAUAAUGUUUUAAGUCUUAAUUCACUUCCUAUUGUAUCCUAGUAGAAAUACAUUUCAUAUUUUAAGUUUUGUUCUUUUUGUAAAAGUAAAUACUCACACUACACUAUCUAUUGCAUUGUAUUUAGUUUUACAAGCGAAAAAGCUUUUACCACCAGUGGAAGUUAUACAAAA